UUAAGUGAAUAUGUAUACAUGAUGUAAUAUAUAAAAUUCUCUUUUUAUGCAUUUUGCAGCAUAAAAAAACUCUAAUAUGUAUGAGGAAAUUGAUUUGUGUUAAAUAUGUCCGUUGUCACUUGUGAAUACAUGUACAUUAAACUCUGUUAAGGGUGUCUUAAUGAUUUGCUAUUUGUGUCAUUUUCGUUAUCUUGUUAUAAAUUUUAAUCAAUAACAAUUAGAGUGAAAUUGCUUUUAAAUGAACAUUCUAAGGACAUAAUAUAUAUUAACGUUUUUUACUUCAUCGGAAUGUUUUCCUUCACAUAUAGUUAAAUUGUAAUGACAUCCUAAUUAAAUUGAGGAAGUUAAAAAAAUAAACCUUAUAAACAUGUAAUAAUAUUUUCAAUGACUGGAUGAAUUUUGGUGGAUGGACAUGUACAAUGUGAUACGUAUUAUUUUGUUCUGCAUUGCUAUUGUUAAUGUAUCUAGGUCUGGAAAACAAAACGGUCCCUGUAGUUCGAUGGAACAUGGCUGUUGUUCAAACACGUAUUGGGACCCGGAUGAUCAACAAUGUAAACCAUGUACAGGAGGCUAUGUAGGAAGAAAUUGUGGGAAAAUGUGUAAAUAUCCAUAUUACGGAAUGGACUGUCUGCAGGAAUGUCAGUGCAAUGAAUCCAAUUGUGAUUUUCAAAUAGGAUGCCAACUGUUAACAGAUUCAACAAUAUUUGAUGACCUUACAUCUACAAAAGGAGCUGCGUUUGAAAAAAAUAACACUUUACCUGACAAUUUUACUCACAGUGCAAAAGGUUCUGUUACCAACUACUCAUCUGUGAGCUAUAAUAUCACAACAAAUUACACAACAGAUGGGAAAGAAAGUCCGUUAUUAUAUCUGAUUGUAGUUUUAAGUCUGCUUUGCAUUACUGGUAUAUCUGCCUACUUCAUCUUUAUAGUAUACAUGAAAUGGAAAGGCCAUGUUCACUGGCAAAUGUCAAAAAUAUCUGGACCAGAGUCAGCACAUUAUGAGGAACCAUGUGAUCUUGUUCACCUUCAUAUUUAACGCAUGCUACAAACAAGAUAUUUUUAUUAGUAAUUUUAGGUGUGAAGUUUUGCAUUUUGUCACAACCUAUUAUGGCUGCUGCGCUCAAGGUAAAUAGUACACGCCUCCUAGCCACAAACUUUACGACAGGAACUUUAUUUGAUUCCCUGAUUGGUUUCUCGUGCAACAAAUAUUUCCAUGUCAAUGUUGAUAAUAUCAAUUGAUUAAUCACACAUCGGCGGCUUUUUUUUACCCUGGGUGCAUCAGUCGAAAAAGAUGGUGAGGUACUGCAAAACUUAACACUUAACUUAAAUUGACUAUACUAAUAAUUGAAUUUUAGACAAUAUGAACAGGGAAAAUGCACAAUUUAUAGAAAGCUUAGUUGUAGAAUUAUGCAUGUGAAUAGAGAGGGCAUUUAGCCUUAGUAAUGUGUGUCAAAUUAGAUACUGACAAGUAUUUUGUAUAAGUCAAUAAAAUGAUGAUCAGUGACUUUUUCACAAUAAAUCUUACGACUAAGACUAAAAUUUUACCACUCUGUAAUUCUUUAUUUAAUAAAGAUAUUUGUUUUCUAAUUAAAUACCCUUUGAUCACAAAAUACUAUCAUGAUGUCUUAGACAAAUAAGAUUUUAGCAGCUUAAAUAUUUCUUAAAAAUUGGGAAUUUUUUUUUUUGGUCUUAAGGAGGCUAUUUACACCAUCUUUUUAUGAUUUUGUACUAAAAUUCUAGGGACGAAAUUUACAAGUUUCUUUAUAAUAUGACCCAUAUCUUUAAAACGAUUUAAAAAUAGACUAAACAUCCGAUAUUGUAAAAAGUGAAAACAAAUUAAAGGAACGGAUUUAUUAUACGUAAACCAAGAAGGGUUGUUUUAAGUAGAAAAUCAAAGUACUCAGAAGUACAGAGAGCCGGGCUCAUUUACAGAGUAGAAUGGAUUUCUUACAUGAAUCACGUUUAUAUUCUGAUGAAAAUGUAUUUCAAAACUAUCAAUAUAAAUGAUAAGACACUGACAGUGAGUUUUUCAAUCCUUAUACCACGGUCCGAUUUUGUCAGAAUCAGAAUUAAUCUUGUACCGCAGGUGAAUGUAAACAAACAGGCCAG